UGCUCUCUGUUGCCAUAUAGAUUACAGAGGAAACUGUUAUAUAUAAGUAGCAAAUAAGACACUCAGAAAAAUCCACUUCCAGUCUUUGUGAUUAGUGAUCCAGGACUGAUAUGUUGAAGAUGAAUGUGCUGUUACAGGUGUUGGUGUCAUUUGAAGACCUGGCUGUGGACUUCACCAAGGAGGAAUGGCAGAACAUGAAUCAUUCUCAGAGGACCCUAUACAGGGAUGUGAUGCUAGAAAUCUAUAGCAUCCUACUGUCCUUGGUUGCUAACAGAAAGGAUGACCUUAUCAAAACCAACCAGAAAAGUGAAGAAGUAAAUUUGAGGGGACCUGAUGAAAUACCAGCUGGAGAGAAACCUCAUGGACCUAAUGUCACUGGGAACUCACUCCAAUACUUGGAACAUCUUAGUCAACAUCACCAGAUUCAGAAUAUACAGCAGGCUUUUGAACACAGUGGCCAAGGGAAAUGCUAUAACAGGAAGAGACUAUCCUUUGAAUGUGAGAGGAUUUGUGUGGAACACACCUCUAAUAAAUCAACUGUCAUUUCAGGAAACAAAACUCUGGUUGAAAGUAAAAAUUUCCAUAAAAAUGUCUAUCUCAAUAAAUAUCAAAAAGCAGGAGAGAAUCUCCAUGGAUCUUUUGAGUAUGAUGAAUCUCUGAAUUACAAAUCAGAUCUUACAAUGUAUCAGAGAACACAUAUGGGGUAAAC